AUGAAUCCCAUUAAUUUAUAUGACGAAGCACCUACAGAUAUUGUGAAAAGGUCUACUCUCACCUCUUCGCAAGCAGAUGUGGCAAUAUUCUUUAACCUAUCUGGAAAAAACGUGGAGACGGCGACCAACAUAUCUAGUCCUGCAAGACUACACAAAUUGAUAAGCACUACUACCACUACUACUACUACUACUACUACUACUACUACUACUACUACUACUACUACUACUACUACUACUACUACUACUACUACUACUACUACCACUACUACUACUACCACUACCACUACCACUACCACUACCACUACCACUACUACUACUCACACUAUCAAUACCACUACUACUACUACUACCACUACUACUACUACUACUACUACUACUACCACUACCACUACCACUACCACUACCACUACCACUACUACUACUCACACUAUCAAUACCACUACUACUACUACUACCACUACUACUACUACUACUACUACUACUACUACUACUACUACUACUACCACUACUACUACUACUACCACUACUACUACUACUACUACUACCACUACUACUACUACUACUACUACUACUACUACUACUACUACUACUACUACUACCACUACUACUACUACUACUACUACUACUACUACUACUACUACUACUACUACUACUACUACUACUACUACUACUACCGCUACCACUUAUAAUAAUAAUAAUAAUAAUAACUAUAAUGGCAAUAAUUCACUUUAUUCCAAAUAUAUUUAG